GAUCGGCACCAGCCUGUCAUCGGCCGGCGUCAAACCGACCGUCGCCUUACUCGUAUCCUUCACAAUGGCGAUCUGCAAGUACCGGAUGCACUCUGGCUGGAGCGGGGACGUUACUAGCUCAUACGAGUCAUUCACUCCAAUCCGGUACUAUGACGCUUGCGAAAUGAGAAGCAGCAUGGUCCAGCAGGCCCAACAUGAUUACGCCUACAUUGCCAUCACAGACCGACAUGUGCUACUCAUGUACGACACUUUGGACACUCUUCACGACAAGCUUCAGGAAGUCUUCAAGACGUACAACCACCCAAAGCACGGCUUGGCCGUCUACGAUGUCGAUUACGACCAGUACAACACCACAUGCGGGACCCCAGCAUUCCACAGGCUGCUGCAAAUUGUCCGUUUCAUGAACAUGUAGAAGUGCAGAUGCUCGGCAGUGUUUUUUAUCCCUGUCGCUUUAAGACAUUUUCGUUUCUACGUCAAAGGCGUGCAAAGCAUUUUCUCUUAUUCGUGAUUUUUCGGAUGGUUUCGCUACAUAAGUUACUUUUAUACGGUGGUAAAGAAGCCGCCUAUAAGGUGUAAAAACACUUUUGCGCUCAAAAGGCAGGAAGAAAGCAAAAGGGAGUUUACCGAGCAAGAUCCUCAUUGGAAGUUUUCUGCACUAGCAGAGGCAGAGGUACGUAGUAAAUGUGGCAGAGUCUGUGUGGCUUUACUUUCUUCCCAAGAGAGCGUCCUCGU